ACUUGGUGUGUGAGAGGACAUCACUACGGCCACGCUACCAGCAGAUGUUUGCCACGGGCGGUAUACUAGGCUCUUGGAUCGUUGGUCCACUGGCAGAUUUGCUGGGACGCAAGAGAGGUAUCCUAGUAGGAGGGCUGCUGGGACUACCAGCGUGUCUGGGUGUGGCCUUGGCGCCGUGGUACCCCGUAGUCAUGUUGCUCAGACUGGUGGCAGGUGGUUGCAGCAGGAUGAUUAUUAUAAGCUUUACUGUCUUGUUGAUGGAGACGACACCUCCCAAAUACCGGUCUGUCGUGGGGAUAUUUAUGGGAAUACCUUACGGCUUAUUCCUGGUCGUCUUCGCCAUCUCUGGCUACUUCGUCAGGGAGUGGCGCUACCUCCAGCUGAUAUGUGCCUUACCUGUCUGCCUCAUACUGCUUUGCUAUCUGACCUUGAAUGAGUCACCCCGCUGGCUGGCACAACACGGCCGUGGGAAGGAGGCGGCAGAGCUGUUAGUAAGAGCUUCGGAGUAUAACCGCUCACCCAUUCCGGGCACCUUCAAGCCUUUUCUCGACAAACUCAGAAAGCAGUCACAGGAACCGCCAACCAGCCCGCAGGAAGUCCAGGGUCAGCAGUCCCCCAAAGAGGCCGCCAGUAAGCGUUUGGUAGAGAAGAUGAAGGCCAUGUGGCAGUACUUCAGGUCCCCAGCCAUGUUAGUGAUUAUGUUGGUGACACCUCUGAUGUGGUUCCUGGUAAACAUCAUCUCCUUCGCCAUAACACUCAAUGCUAAUAACUUCACGAGCUUAGCUGUCAUGACGAUCAUGACACUGGAGACCCAGCUUGAAUCAAGGAAACACAAACUGAAAAACCUGUGCCGUACUCGUUGGGUGGAACGCCUAGAUGUCCUAGCAACCUUUGUGGAGUUACAUUCCACAGUGGUGGCCUGCUUGGAGAAGAUUGUGGAGGGUGGUCCUGCAAUCUGGUCCACAGACUCACUGGCUGAUGCCCAGACCCUGCUGCUCGCCAUCACCAGCACAGGGUUCAUUGUGUCCCUGGUGAUCACCAACAAUGCACUAGGGUACCUGAAAGGUGUGACCACUAGCCUUCAGGCAGAGGCUAAGGACAUAGUUGAGGCCAGCAGUGAAGUUAACUAUCUUAAAGCAGCACUACAAGACGUCCGAAACAACAUGGAUGAUCACUACACUGAUUGGUUUUGUCAGGCAGAACAGCUGUGUGAGGCUGUAGGUAUCACACCUUCCAUGCCCAGACGCUGCAAACGCCAACAACACCGAGACAACAUGCCAGCUGAAGGACCAGCUGAAUACUACAAGAGAACUGUGACCAUUCCAUUCCUAGAUCAUCUCCUGGCACAGCUGGAGAUGAGGUUCACCCACCUGCACCAGAAAGCCUUCCAGGGACAUUAUCCCAUUCAUCUUGGCAACUGUGACACCAGCAGAGGGAAACAGAAGAAUACAGGAGCUGGUUGA